AUGAUCUAUUGCGUUUCAAGAACUUAUGCAAAAACUAAAGAUAUUUAGCAUCAAAAACAUUCUUCUACUAGUACCAUCAUUUCAAAACCUCCAGAAACCAAUAAUACAUCAAUUCAUGAAUUUUAUGUUUCUAACAAUAUGAUGCUUAGCUUGUUAACUUUCUCAGAGCAAGAAUCUAAAGCUGAAUCCAAAAUCCCUUUAAAUACUUAGCAAGAAGAUAAUUAAUUUUAUUCAUAUAGAUAAUCAUUACAAAAACAAUUAUCUGAAAGAAAAAUUAAAAGAAAUUAUGAUUUAGAACCAAUUACAAGAGAAAACAAUUCAAUAUCAUCAAUAUAUAUACCUGAAUAAGUUGAACAAAAUUAAAACUAAGGACUAAAUAGUUAAACAGUGCCAAAUCUAUUCCAGAAAUCUUAAUUGUGUACUUAAAAUAAAAUCAAUCCAUUACUUUGUAAUUCUUCCUCUAAUGAAAUUUCAUUUGGAUAGUAUAAAUUAAAAAAAAAUGAAAUCUUUUAAGAUACUAAUUCAAUUUCUAAUGUUACAGAUACAGAAACUAUGAUUCAUAUACCUAUGUAAUUUUAACCAUUCUAGUUCAAACAAUGA